CACUGAGGAGCAACUCAGGGGAGACUUCCAGCCACCAUCCUGGAGGUCCUCGCACCCAGUUCCCUUCACCCACCCCAGGAAGAGAUGCAGAAAGACACUUCGCUGCCACCCCCAUCUGAGCCCUUGGCCUCAAACACUGCCCUGGGUGCAGUCCAGCAGGCCAGCACGUCCGGACUCCCGAGCAAGAGAGGGACUGGGUGCCACGCCUCCUCCAAAGCCCACCGGAAGCCCGACAUAUCCAAGGUGAUCCUGGGGGUCUUGGCGAACAAGGGGGCGCGCAACCGCGUGUCCCUGGCUACCCUGAGGAACGCCGUUGCCACCAGUGGCUACAACAUGACCCGCGACGCCUGGCGCUUCAAGCGAGCGCUCAAGGGGCUGGUGGACAAGGGCAUGCUCAAGCAGGUGACAGGCAAGGGGGCCACAGGCCCCAUCUUCACGGGCCAGAAGCAUGCCUCCAAGUUCAAGCUCAAGGCAAAGAGACGGCAACAGCAGCAGCAGCGGCAGUCUGGGCGGCGCCGGCCGCGCCGGUUGCCCACGGGCUCCAAGCAGGGAAACAAGAGGCUCGCCAAGGGGGUUCGCAGGGAGGCCAAAUGCUGCUGAAGUUAACCAGGCAGGCUGGGCAAGCAGGGAGGGGUGUCAGGCCUGCCACAGGCUCCGUGCAGUGGGAAUAAAAGGAGCCUAACUUAUUUCA